GGCUGCGCUGUUAUCAGAGGCUCCUCGUUCGCCAGCAGCACACCGCCAAGAGUGCGUCAAAAGCGGCCAGAACAUCACAAGAAGGUCCGAUUUCCUGUCACUUGGCCCGGAGCCCACGCAAGCCGUCCUGCCGCAGACUCACCGAGGACAUCCGGGAAGAAGUCGGCGUGAUCCCGCACCAGGACAGUCGGGGAGCGCGCCCGGCCGGAAGAAUCCGUUAACUUUCAUUGGCGACUUCCUUUUGAUUUCAUGUUGACAAAUGUUAGCUGUGGGACAGAUGGAGGCUAACCGGCAGAGUGCUUUCGUUCUGGGCAGCACCCCGCUGGCGGCGUUGCACAACAUGACAGAGAUGAAGACGUCCCUGUUCCCGUACGCGCUACAGCAGAGCCCGGCGGCUGCUGCGGCGGCUGCGGCCGGCUUCAAGGCGCCGUCGCUGUCCAGCCUCAACUCGCAGCUGGCCAGCGGGGCUACCCCGCACGGAAUAAGCGACAUCCUCGGGAGACCCAUCUCCACCGCCGGCCAACUGCUCUCCGCUGGCUUCCCCAGGAUCAACGGCAUCAACGGGCUGGCCAGCACCGCCGCCGCGGCCGCCGCCGCCGGGAUGUACUUUGGCCCCGCCGUGUCCCGCUACCCCAAGCCGCUGGCCGAGCUCCCCGGGAGGGCGCCCAUAUUCUGGCCCGGAGUCAUGCAAGGCUCCCCGUGGAGGGACCCGCGCGUGCCCUGUCCAUCUCAGUCGAGCUUGAUGAUGGACAAGGACGGCAAGAAGAAGCACUCCAGGCCCACUUUUUCCGGCCAGCAGAUUUUUGCACUGGAAAAAACCUUCGAGCAGACGAAGUACCUCGCAGGCCCGGAGAGAGCUCGCCUGGCCUACUCGCUAGGAAUGACCGAAAGCCAAGUCAAAGUGUGGUUCCAGAACAGGAGGACCAAGUGGAGGAAGAGGCACGCGGCCGAGAUGGCCUCUGCCAAGAAGAAGCAUGACUCGGAGACGGAGAAAAUGAAGGAGAGCUCGGACAACGACGACGACGAUGAGUACAACAAGCCGCUCGACCCCAACUCGGACGACGAGAAGAUCACGAGACUGUUGAAGAAGCACAAAAGCGGCGGCGCGAGCGGCAAUUUGGCCCUCAUCAGCCCCUGUAGUAACAGCUCGGACACCUUGUGAUGACCCUUGAAACCCGCCCCCCGCCCCCCCACCCAACACCACCACACGACCAAAGUGGGGGUGGUCCAGAAGAGACUCUUUCGGAGCCCAUUUACAC